UUUUUUUUUUGUAUCAUGAACAAACCAACAGUAGCUAUUAUUGGCAGUGGUUUUAGUGGUAUUUGUGCUGCUAUCCAGUUGAGAAAGAAGUUAGGAAUUAUAGCAGAGGUGUUUGAAGCAACAGACGAUGUUGGUGGCACAUGGAAUUACAAUACUUAUCCAGGAUGUGCUUGUGAUAUCCAAAGCCAUUUAUAUUCCUUCAGUUUUGAAUUAAAUCCUAAUUGGAGUCAAGUCUAUAGCUCUCAAAAGGAAAUUCAUGCUUAUUUACAGCAUGUAGCCAGAAAAUACAAAGUUUAUGAACAAGUGGAUUUAAAUACAAAAGUAACAAAAGCAUUAUGGAAACAAGACAUAAAUAAGUGGCAGUUGACUAUAUCUGACCAGACAAAGGAAUUUGAUUUUGUGUUUUCUGGUGUGGGUGCUUUGCGUAUACCUCACAUUCCUGAUGAAUUUAAAUCAUUUGAAGGCAAAAUCAUUCAUUCUGCUUAUUGGGAUAAUAAUUAUGAUUUUACUGACAAGACCAUUGCUGUUAUAGGAUGUGGUACAAGUGCAAUUCAAAUCAUACCAAAUUUAGCUUCUCGUGUCAAACAUCUCUAUAGUUUUCAACGCACGCCCUCUUGGGUGGCUCCUAAACACCAAAAGACAUACCCUGGUUGGGUCAAGUGCCUAUUUACUUGGUUUCCCUUUUUGAUGUGGAUUUAUCGUGCUUGGAUUUUCUUGUAUCGUGACCUCUUCGUUUUCAGAGCCCUAAAAGACGUCAAGAGUAAAAUACAUUCGACUUUUCGAUCUUCAUUGGAAAAAUACAUGCGGGAUAUGCUCCAACAUUAUGGUAAACCCGAAUUAAUCUCGUCUUUGAUUCCUACUUUUCCUGUCUUUUGUAAACGUAUCUGUCUCUCUGACGACUAUUUGGUUGCUUUGUGUCGGAAGAACGUUACAGUCCAAACAUCGCCUAUCGUUCAGGUUCAAGGCAAGACCAUCAUCACAACUGAUGGUCAACAGGUUGAAGUCGAUACACUCUGCCUUGCGACUGGAUUCGAUAUACAUAAUUUCUUGGGUGACCUUCAAGUGUUUGGCCGAGAUGGCUGUCAUCUAAACCAACUGUGGGAACAAAAUCCAAUCAAGACACACAAGACAAUCAAUGUACAUCAAUUUCCUAACCUUUUUUUUCUGCUGGGUCCUGGAUCUGCAUUGGGUCAUAGUUCUGUGGUUGGUAUGAUUGAAUCCCAAGUAGAGUAUAGUAUUGAGAUAAUCAAGUACAUGAUAAAGAACAAUUUGACGUGCCUAGAACCUAAUGUAAAAUCACAAGAAGCUUAUGCAGAUCAAAUUCAACAGGGACUUAAGGGCACUGUAUGGCUUGGUGGUUGCCAGUCUUGGUAUAUGAACCAUGGUGAAAUUAGAGUACUGUGGCCAAACUCUGCCAUGCAGUUUUAUCGAAUGCUUCGAAAUACGCAAUUUAAACAAGAAUAUAUUGAAUAUAAACAAAUUCUUUCAUAAGUGACACUAGGCUUUAUAGCGCUAGUUUCUUAAUGCCACAUUCAUUCAUUAACUAGGUACAGCGAAAGGUGCAAUUGUUUGCGUUAUUUACAGAGAUAAAAGUUACUAUAAAGAUCUCCAUAGAUAAUUCAAUAUGGUUCAUGCCAGUCAUUUUUUUUUGUGUCAAUUUCAAGGAACCAUUUUUAAGAAUGCUUUACGUCAAUAAAUUUAUUUCAACAAAAGCUCU